GAACAUUAGUAAACAUUUGAUCGUUUUAGCAAUUACAUCUCGAUAUGUUGAAAGACAAAGUAUUUACUAAAAGCACUACACAUCGAUUUUCAAAAACUUUUCAAUUCGGACAGGCGAACGCAGCUUGUCGGUUCUGCAAGAAGAUAUUUUGUUGCACAAAAUGUUGCAAUCGCCACGUGGACAAGGUGCAUCCCAAUGUGAACACCGAUUGUUCCCUCUGCGCCUCUGAAAUAUUGCCAAUACGACAGUGUGAGUCUACGAAAUUGAACUUAGAGGAUGAGAAAUUAUUGUGUCACAUAGUGGACAAACAUUUGCCAUUACGUUGCCGGCUGUGCGGUGAUUUGUUUGAAUCCAGAGAAGAUUUCAAGUCCGUUGGUGCGUGCAAGUGGUUUGAACGCUGGAAUUAUCUAACGUCGCCAUCCAGCCACGAGCACCUCGAGAAGAAAUCAAAACAGUGUUCUAUAAGCGAAAGCGACUGUAACGGCAGCAGAUUUUGCACACCGCCGGAAAUCUAUCGCAAGACCAGUACACCAAUGCUUCUUGGUCAAAAGGCCGACUUCUCCGUACCGGAAUUCAGCUUUAAAACGCCUAAGACGGAUUCGUCGUCGAUCGCACAGGUCGCGUCGAUCUCGAAGACGCAGACGAGCGAUACGCAAUUCUUUAGUUGUCUACUGUACAGUUCAAACGAAGAGACGACACCUUUUAAGAUCUGCAAAAACGAACAAUUCGCUAGGAACAAUACAGGCAGUAGACUGAGCAUCAUGGAAGUAGAGCAAGAAAAAGUUGCAAACAACGAUACUAAGAUAAUAACUGCGAAUGAAGUGUUGUCUGCUAUAGAUAUGGACUUGACGCAGACCGAGGGUGGUGGCAUCUUGCAGGAUCAAUCUCAUCAGGAUCACAUCUCGCCCAUGUCAGAUGAUGUUUGUGAGGAUGUCAUGAAGAAGGUAAGGUUCUCCGAUCGGUAUGAAACCGCGGCGGAGUUUGGAGACUUGAUGGAGUCCUGUGUGCGGACUAUUCUCAACAUGUCGAUGGAGGAGAAUGAGUCUCAUGACACGCAAAAGAGGUCUGGUGCUACUGCACCAGAAGACAUUAAAGAUGCAAAUAACAGAAUGCAAACAAACAGCAUGGAAAACACGAACACUCCGAAGGUCACAAAUGACAACCAAGCUGAAGAUACAACGCGUUUUUUAAUACAAUCCCCGGAGAAUUUUUUAAGUAAUUCGCAAAUCGAGGUCGUUCAGGAUAACACGAAAAAUAUAAAGAUGGAGAAUCAAAAUCCUGAUAUAAGCAAUGAAGUAAACAAUGGAUGGUCAAUUAUAAAUCAACAAGAUUCCAACAGAGUGCUGAUGAUGGUGCUGAUGGAGAGCAACUCAGGAGGAUUGACCACCGAUUUGAUGCCUUUGAUCAGUUCAGGUCUACAGAAAUUGCAAAAGCAACUUGCAUCAAAUCGUCAGUCACCUCUGAAUACGGCUGAAUCUACUAAGAUUUGUAGAAGAUCUAUUACGACGAUGAAGAUGAGUGUCGAGAGUGUAGAGUCUGUAGCAAAUUAUUCUGCGGACAAUACAGCGAAUGGACAGUUUGCGUUGUCUUCUCCCGUAGAAAGCAGCGAAAAUAGUAACAAUGGUGGAUUUCUGUCAUCCGUUGCGCAAGCUGUGAAGCACGCCUUAAAAAAUUUAUCUGUUCUGGGUUUGAGAGUACCGAAAAGCAUUGAAGCAACUGAAGUAGUCCAACGACGAGAGAUCGUCGAGAAAUUGUCCUCACCAAAAUUAUCCAACGAUGCCAGCAGCAGCCAAAUUCGUCUUGGUAAACGGUCCCGUGAGACCACCGAAGUGUUCUUGAAGGAAGAUCCAACUGCAUUUCCACUGGACACAAGAAGUCCCCUCGCGAAACGUCAGAGGAGAUGGUACAAGAUGAUUAGAGGACGAUUGCCGAUUAACAGGAUGCGGAAUAGCCGCGAGACAACUUCGCCCAGAGGAGUAUCAAAGGAGACGCAGGUCUUCAGUCAAGGAUCCUUGACUGUGGGCGACACAGUCCUGCCGCUUCCUGCGAGAGCAUGUCGAACUACAGACAAUGCUUCUUAUAACAAAAAAGAGAUAGACAUUACUAAAUCAAGCAACAAAUAAAUCAAGGAAAACUGAACAAAACAUCGGUAUGUUGGGUUGUUCGAUCAGAGGCUGUGAUUAGCAGUGAUGGCGGGGCGUACUUGAUCAGCGGUAAUUCUGGAGAUACCACUAUCAUCGUGGAAGAGACAACGGCAAACGUAUGCUACCAGAGUCUCCCAGGCUACUG